AGCCAGUUCCAACUACUCUCCCGUCUUCAACUCAACCUACUGCAAGAAUCUAGUACAAAAGAAACCAACGACCAGCCCGAAACAGCAUCAAGAGCAACAUACAAGAGCAAUCGCACAAAGAACUACUCCCCCAACCACCAAAACCAAAAAAUGGCGAUCCUGAAAACUAUGGCCCUCGCCGCCGCCUCGACGGCUUUGCUGGCGGGCAACGGCGGUGUCGAUGCCGUGGAGGUUCUGAUGUCGAAUCAGAAUAAAAUGGCGACCGCCCAAAACAAGAAGAAGAUGAGUACCGCGACCUCCACCAAGAAGACCGCUGAACUGCACAAGAAGGCGCACCACAAGAAAGCGUCUCAGCACCAGGAGAGCCAGAAGGUGUCGUCUAAAAUGUCUGAGAAGGAGAAAAACAUUCUUUGUGACGAGCAGUUGAAGGCUUACUGUGAAAUCAAGGGUAAGACCAGCACCAUCGAAAAAAUGGCAGCCGAUGCGGCCAAGGCGUCCCUCGACGCGCAGGGUUGCAGCACAACCUGCCCCGGCUCUUGCCGUUGAGUUUUUUGCGUCGUCUGGUGACGUCGGUCGUUCAAACUACAAUCAAAAGGGACGUCGAAACAGCAGCUGCAGAAUUGGAAAUCCCUUUACAGAGGUGGGAGAAGAUAACAACCCACGCGAAGUAGAACGACAACUACUUUCUGUAUAUGUCUUGUCGCUAGCAGUUGCACUUCGUCUUCAUGUUCAUCUCAUCAGCCAAGAAUGAAUCACUCCUCCAGUUUUAUUCAUACAAAUGUAGUGUAUCAGUUUCACGUAUUAUUAUUACGUUCUUGCACAGUAUGCUAGUCCCUGCUUCCUCUGCUCGUGCGUAUCCCGCAUGGUGAUGACAUUGAGAGCAGCCCAGCCUUUUUUUGUCCCACCACAAAAAAUCUUUAGCAUAAACUCCACUUUCCAACUCGAAAAAUAAUUAGACAAAUCAUUUAUCGUAGCUAAGAAUUUAGCAAGUAAAAAGAAACCAUCUCAAAGAAAUUUUAGAGUUCAUCUGCAUACAUCACGACAUGGAUGCUGAAGACCAUUUAGCAAUCCGACGCAGCCCCCCUAUCAGUACCCCUGAUAAGCACAAGGCCGUCAGACACAACGCGCGCAAACAAGAGUAUCAGAAAGCUCUAUCCCAAGCGAGUGCAUCAUUCACAAAAUAGCAGAAGUAGCAGCCGCACUUUUUCUGUUAUUUUGAGCCUUGGUCAAGAAGAUCGGUUGUCGCACCACGACUCUUUCCUAACAAUCAUCACUCGGCUCGGUCGUCGUCUCCUCGGAUUGAUUCGGUUGUUGUGACUCAUUGUUCGAGGUAGAACCUACAGCAACUGGAGUUUCGGUUUUUUAUGCGUAGCCGUCCGUUCUCGAAAGCGUGCCACUCUGCGAAAGAUGUUUCGUUUUUCGGCGUCCGUUGUAAUUCCAAGUCAUUCGUUCACACGAUGUUUAAAAUAAAAGUACUCGUUUUCUUUUCUGGGCUUGCCCCUGUCGUCCUCGUCCUUAGUCUCGUCCUAGUAUUAGUAAGCCUCGUCGUUUUUCUGAAGUAAUUAUCUGUUCCCCCUAGUAACGAAAACGAAUCGACAAAGAAAGCAAAAAUAUCAGCACAAUUGUAGCCAGUUCCAACUAGUACUCUCCCGUCUACAACUCCUACUGCAGUCUAGUAAGAAAGAAACCAACGACCAGCCUAAAAACACCCAAAGAAACGACGCCACAAAGCUAUACAGCAUCAAGAACAAAAAUCGGACAAAGAACCCCCCCAACAACCAAGACCAAAAAAUGGCGAUCCUGAAGAACGUGGUCCUCGCCGCCGCCUCGACGGCUUUGCUGGCGGGCAACGGCGGUGUCGAUGCCGUCGAGGUUCUGAUGUCGAAUCAGAACAAGAUCGCGACCGCCAAAAACAUAUGCAUUGCAAAUAUGUCUGGGUCCUCUGGAAGAAUGCAAGACUUGUCAUGCACAUUUUGCGUGACCACCAUGACGUCUGUGAUGCAUGCCCUAGCAUCGCAGACUUUUCGAGGGCUUUCUGAUGCGUAAACUGCAUGAGAAAUAAUGCCCUCUCCGCGUAGCACAAAGUCGACUCCUCUUGCCGGGCAUGCAAUACAAAUUUUUUUGGAAUCCAAACGCAGCAUCACAAGUUGCCAUCUACUUCCAGACCCAGACAUUUUUGCAUUUGAUAAAACAAGAAGAAGAUGAGCACGGCGACCUCCACCAAGAAGACCGCUGAGCUGCACAAGAAGGCGCACCACAAGAAAGCGUCUCAGCACCAGGAGAGCGAGAAGGUGUCGUCUAAAAAAAUGUCUGAGAAGGAGAAAAACAUUCUUUGUGACGAGCAGUUGAAGGCUUACUGUGAACUCAAGGGUAAGACCAGCACCCUCGAAAAAAUGGCAGCCGAUGCGGCCAAGGCGUCCCUCGACGCGCAGGGUUGCAGCACAACCUGCCCCGGCUCUUGCCGUUGAGUUUUUUGCGUCGUCUGGUGACGUCGGUCGUUCAAACUACAAUCAAAAGGGACGUCGAAACAGCAGCUGCAGAACUGGAAAUCCCUUUACAGAGGUGGGAGAAGAUAACAACCCACGCGAAGUAGAACGACAACUACUUUCUGUAUAUGUCUUGUCGCUAGCAGUUGCACUUCGUCUUCAUGUUCAUCUCAUCAGCCAAGAAUGAAUCACUCCUCCAGUUUUAUUCAUACAAAUGUAGUGUAUCAGUUUCACGUAUUAUUAUUACGUUCUUGCACAGUAUGCUAGUCCCUGCUUCCUCUGCUCGUGCGUAUCCCGCAUGGUGAUGACAUUGAGAGCAGCCCAGCCUUUUUUUGUCCCACCACAAAAAAUCUUUAGCAUAAACUCCACUUUCCAACUCGAAAAAUAAUUAGACAAAUCAUUUAUCGUAGCUAAGAAUUUAGCAAGUAAAAAGAAACCAUCUCAAAGAAAUUUUAGAGUUCAUCUGCAUACAUUACGACAUGGAUGCUGAAGACCAUUUUAUUUAGCAAUCUGACGCAGCGGCCCCCCUAUCAGUACCCCUGAUAAGUACAAGGCCGUCAGACACAACGCGCGCAGGCCAAAGUAUCAGAAAGCUCUAUCCCAACAAGCGAGUGUAUCACUUACAAAAUAGCAGAAGGAGCAGCCGCGCUUUUUCUGUUAUUUUGAGCCUUGGUCAAGAAGAUCGGUUGUCACGCCACGACCCUUUCCUAACAAUCAUCACUCGGAUCGGUCGUCGUCUCUUGCGAUUCGGUUGUUGUGACUCAUGGUUCGUAGAACCUGCAGCAACUAGAGUUUCGGUGUUCAUAUUUUAUGCGUAGCCGUCCGCUCUCGAAAGCAAAGCGUGCCACUUUGCGAAAGAUGUUUCGUUUUUUGGCGUCCGUUGCAAUUUCAAGUCAGAUUCGUUCACAU